UUGAGCUAAAGACAUUUAUUGGUACUCGAAAACCGUGUAGUGAAGCGCAUUUUUAGGGGAAAACAUUUUACAGAAGAAACAAAGUGCUGUUUAGCGUCAAAGUGACACACAGACACGGAAAGAUCGAGAUAAGAGGCGGAAGGGGAAUUCAAGGCAGCUAUGAGUAUCAGUGUUGGUGGCUAUCACGGAGGGUUCGCGCAUCCGACCUCCAUGGGGAUCACUUCCGGUCAGGACUACUUCACGGCGGCCCACUACCCCUCAACUUCUGUGUAUCCGGAAUACCCCUUUACGGACAGAGAUUAUUUUAAUAAUUGGGUGUUAAAUGGAACCACAGACAUUCCCAUGUCACCGGAACCCUACGGAGCGGCCUGUGGAACGCCGUCACCGCCAAUGAUGGGAGUCGUGCAUCACGGUUACGCAGACGGCAUGCAUCAGACGUUUGCCGGUUGGUCGGACUUUCCCAUGAACACGGCGGAACUUGCGCUGGCACACAACAUUCCAAUUUCGGAGAUCGGGAACUAUGAGUCCUACACAAACGCGUUCGGAGACCGAUGUCUGAGGCGGCGGACGUCCGCAAACCGCAAAGAGCGCCGACGGACGCUCAGUAUUAACAAUGCGUUUUCAAAUCUUCGCUGCUCUAUUCCAAACGUGCCUUCUGACACUAAGCUUUCAAAGAUCAAAACGUUGCGCCUUGCAAUCAGUUACAUUUCAUACCUGACGGAGAUUUUGGAGAAGGGAGAUUCGAACAUGGUACCCAACAGUUUCAAAGCUGACAUCUCCAGGAAGAGGGAGCGAAGAUCACUUCCGGUUGAAGAUGAAAAGAAAAUAGCGGACUCCUGUGAAUCAGACGACUCCUCCGAGAGCAGCACAAGUCACAGUUCAUCGUCUGAGCCUAAAGUCAAAGGUCGCACGGGAUGGCCGGAAGCGGUUUGGGCGUCUGAGCUCCGCGGUAACUCCCCUCCCGAGAAACCGGAAGCGUCGUCAUUGUCGUGAUCAUGGCCGUCCGCUUGUUACAGAUAGCUGUUUUCCGAUUGGAAAGUAAACGCUAGCCGCGCUGUACUCGCUCGUGGCGGGCUGAGCACCGGAAGAGACGUGGAUUCUUUUUGUUGUGAAAGAAAAUGUGUUCAGUGUCUAGUCGUCGUAGGGUGUUGACACCGCACUCACGCUUUCUGUGAUUACAAUUUAUCACACGAGACCCGAAACGUUGAAUUUUUGUCUCGCAUGUUUUGCAGCAUUUAUUUAUAUCUUAAACUUUUGGACACGAUCUGUGUUUUAAUAGCUAGUUUUUUUAGUAUAAUGUGUAUAUAUCUUUCAUAACGUUACAGAGGCAAAAAUGGUGCAGCGUUUCAUAUGAAUGCUUUGUAUUGUACAUAGUGUCAUUAGAAUAUUUGUAAAUGCACUCACAGUUUGUGAUAUUUUCGUACUGUGCAUCUAUUUCUGUUCGUCAAUUGACAUCUUUAUGGCUUUAUGUACGAGUUUAGUUGUCAAAGAUAAGACUGUCACGCGGAAUACGAAAAAAACGAGAAAUUAUUGACUGAAAUGCCCCAAAACCUGACUUGUAGUAACCGGAGCACCACUUCGAUUCUUACAAAGACCGCAGCCAAAGAUUCUUGCCUUUAUCUUCCACACUAAUGCACGGUGCUACGUGAUUACCCGUAGUUUCGGGCCAUGAAGCGCCGACCAUUAAUGUUUAUAGAUUUCCUAUCAUGGGGGAUGGCGAAAUUUCCCGUGAACAUUCCGGCAACAAAACAAUUAAACGUUAUUCUCUCUACGAGACUUAAAUGACAAACGAGUUCUUGAUAAACGCCGCUUUUUGUUUACAAUAUUUCUGGUAAUUAUGGGUAUAUCUGUCAAAA